AUGGCCUCGAUCAGCGACGGCGCGAGCAGCGACCCUUGCGCUUGUGCAGCAGAAUCCCACACGACGCAUGCGCGGGCUCACCGUAGCCCCAUGCCCGUCGUGUUCGGCGUGCCAGUCAUGCCAGCCGUGCGAGACCCUGCCUGCCGCUAUUAUUCGACCUCGCCCAACCUCGCUCAGCGGUCCCCCUCGCCCGCUGCACUCAGUGCACUGCACUGCUGGCUGCCAGAGUUCCCUGUCUUGCGCACUUGUCUUCCUGGCGAGCCAGACGGCAUCUGCAACUCUGCGACUCUGCAACUCUGCGACUCUGCAACUCUGCGCUCGAGCAUCAGCCUGUGCGCAGCUGCUCCACCUAACCAGCGAAGCGUGUCCACACACCGUCUACUUGCAUCACAGUCGCUGUCGCCUUGCCCUCACUACCUGCAUCACAGUCGCUGUCGUCUUGCCCUCACUACCCAUCUUCACGAUGCGAUCAGUCUACGGCGAGUUCCAUUGUCUUCAGAGAUCGGCUUCGUAGCUUCUUCUAGUCUGCUUUCGGUCACGACCGACUGUCGUGGCGCAAAGAGCACUGCGCCCGUUGCCGAGUGGAGAUGA